AUGGCACACUACAAUAAGAUUUCUGAAGUUUGUUAUAACCCCAAAAUCACGGCUUGGCGUUUCAGAGUAAAAAUACACAGAAUCUACCAUUUCUAUUUCUAUCUUACCAGCAGUGGACCUUUCUAUACAUAUGUUCUAGCAGAUGAAGAGGGAACCAAGAUGGAGAUGACCAUUUAUGGGGAUUAUGAUAGGUUUAGAGGACUAGAGAAGCAAGAAGGAAAAUGGGUGGAAAUCUUUCGGGUAGAAGUUAACUGUUCACUUGCAGGUUUCCAUGUAACUUACUCUCGGUUCUAUCUAGCUGAUAUACUCUGUACGCAAAUCCACAUCAUCGAUCCUCUGAACAAUCAUUUUUUUAUGGACUUCAAGAACAUCCAUGCAAUCCCUCACAUGGACGGUAGGGACCGAAACUAUCCCAUAAAAACAAUGGGAGUGGUCUUCAACACGGAAACCCAUUUCAAUGACCCUGCAAAUCCAAGGAUGAUGUUUUACAUAAGGGAUAACAUUCGGAUAAAAUGUGUGGCAACUGGCGAUCAUGCGUAUGCCUUCCGGGAUGGUCUUGAAAACAUGAGAGAUCGUGGACAGGUGAUUGUGGUUCUUAAGAUGUGA